CUCGGGCCCCCGCGGAGGCCAGCCGCGGGCCGGGUGCGUAGGGCCCGGCGCGGGCCAGCCGCCCGUCUCGGCUCCGUCGGAGGCCAGGCCCGGCCUCGGCGCCGGGGGCAGCAUGAGGUGUCUGGUCACGGGCGGCAACGUGAAGGUGCUCGGCAAGGCCGUCCAUUCCCUGUCCCGCAUCGGGGACGAGCUCUACCUGGAGCCCCUGGAAGACGGGCUCUCUCUCCGGACCGUGAACUCCUCUCGCUCGGCCUACGCCUGCUUCCUCUUUGCCCCGCUCUUCUUCCAGCAGUACCAGGCGGCCGCCCCUGGUCAGGAAGCCCUGCGCUGUAAGAUCUUGAUGAAGUCGUUCCUGGCUGUCUUCCGCUCACUGGCGGCGGUGGAGAGGAGCGUGGAGAAAUGCUGCAUCUCACUGGGUGGCAGGAGCAGCCGCCUGGUGGUCCAGCUGCACUGUAGAUACGGGGUGAGGAAGACUCACAACCUGUCCUUCCAGGACUGCGAGUCCCUGCAGGCCGUCUUCGACCCAGCCUUGUGCUCGAAUGUGCUCCGUGCCCCAGCACGGGUCCUGGGGGAGGCUGUUCUGCCCUUCCCCCCUGCGCUGGCAGAAGUGACACUGGGCAUUGGCUGUGGCCGCAGGGUCAUCCUGCGCAGCUACCAGGAGGAGGAGGCAGGUCCUUCCUGUUCCUGCCUCCACAGACAGCACCGUCAAAGCCAUGGUGACCGAGAUGAGCAUUGGGGAGGAGGAUUUCCAGCAGUUGCAGGCCCAGGAAGGGGUGGCCAUCACUUUCUGCCUCAGGGAAUUCCGGGGACUCCUGAGCUUUGCGGAAUCCGCAAACUUGUCUCUCAGCGUUCACUUCGAUGCACCAGGCCAGCCAUCUUUGCCGUCAAGGACUCUCUACUGGAUGGACACUUUGUCCUGGCCACGCUGUCAGAGUCAGACCUGCACUCCCCAGCCCCGCGCUCCCCAGAGCUACGCAGGCUGGUGCCUCCGCUCCAGGCUCACAGCACACCCCACCUGGAUGACUUUGCCAAUGAUGACAUUGACUCUUACAUGAUCGCCAUGGAAACCACUGUGGACAGCGAGGGCUCCCGGGCAGUACCUUCCACCUCCCUUUCUCCCGGCCUCCGGCCCCCCUGUAGCCCUGGCCCCUACUCAGAGGACAAUGAAGCUGAGGCCAGUACACAGCCUGGGACUCCCCCACCCAAGAAGUUCCGCUCACUGUUCUUUGGCUCCAUCCUCGCCCCUGCACACUCCCCUCCGGGCCCCAGCCCUGUGCUGGCUGAAGAUAGUGAGGGUGAAGGCUGAACUGAGAACAAGCCUGUGUCCAGAGGCUCUGGACUAGAUGAAGCCACAGCCUCCCCCUUCCCCCAGGGGCAGCCCAGGGAUAGGGCUGAUCUCCACCCUGCUGGGUGGUCAAGGUGGGCUGUGCUGGAGCUGAGCGCUGGUCCUACUGCCACCCCAGGUCCCUUGUGGCUGUCUGUGACC